AGCCCAGACAAGACCAUCUACCGAAAACUGGACAAAUCUUUGCACUUUAACGUGUAUGUGACCCUUACAGUAAGAAGGAUACAAAUGUCCUAUCCAAACCCCCCACUAAUGCUCCAUUUUCUUCACUAAUUGCAUCUCUAUUUAAGAGAAAAAAAAACCACAUCAGAGGACAAAGAUUCAAAAUCUCUUUCACUUUAUUAUUAUUAUUAUUAUUAUUACUAUUUUUUUGGGGAAAAGACGAUGAAGAAUCGAAAUCCUGUGAUGGAGAGGCCAUGGUUUCUGGUUAUGAGUCUGGCUUGUUUGGUUGCGGCGGGGCUGUUGAUAGCCAGUUUUAUCCGAGGCGGAGAUAAGUUACAGCUGUGCUCGCUUCCAAACACCAAAACUCAAAUCUCGAACGACUACGUGCCGACGGCUAUGCAACUCCAAGCGAUCCUCCACUACGCCACGUCGAAGGUCGUGCCGCAACAAUCAGUGGGCGAGAUCAAGGUCUCGUUCAACGUCCUCAAGAACCUCGCCCCUUGCAACUUCCUCGUCUUUGGCCUCGGACACGACUCGUUCAUGUGGGCCUCGUUCAAUCCGCGUGGCACCACGCUAUUCCUCGAGGAGGACCCGAAGUGGGUCCAGACCGUGCUCAAGAACGCUCCACAACUCCGGGCAUUCACGGUCAACUACCGAACGCAUCUCCGGGAAGCAGACCGCCUCCUCUCCUCGUACCGCUCCGAAAGUCUCUGUUCGCCGUCGACGGCGGUGCUACGUGGCAACACGGGGUGCAGAUUAGCGCUGCAUAAUCUUCCCAAGGAGGUGUACGAUAAGGAAUGGGACCUGAUCAUGAUCGACGCGCCGCGGGGCUAUUUUCCAGAAGCUCCGGGUCGGAUGGCGGCGAUCUACUCGGCGGCAGUGAUGGCGAGGAACAGGAAAGGAUCGGGUGUGACGCACGUGUUCCUGCACGACGUUGAUCGGAAGGUGGAGAAGACGUUUGCCGAGGAGUUUCUUUGCCGGAAGUACUUGGUCAAGGCGGUGGGAAGGCUAUGGCACUUUGAGAUUCCUUCCGCUGCUAACGUAAGCCUGUCUGGUCAAAGUGGCGCUAGUUUCUGCUAAUAUGCGCCCCUGGAUAUGCUACGCCCCCCACCCUUCCCAAAUAAUAGAGAAUAUGAUAGUGAGAGUGAGAAUUGACAUUGAAUCACUGUUUUUUUGUUUUGUUUUUGGAAUUUUUCAAAUGGAGGAGAGUGGGUGAUACUACGCACCUCUUCUGAAUUAGGGCGUAUCUUUUCUAAGAUGCGCAUGGGGCGUAAGUGGCGAGCAGAAUGAUGAUAUUAGUGAAGCUGUAAUUUUGGGGUGCGAAAAAGGAAGUUAAUUUUGAAAAUAGAUAUUGAUAUGAACACAGUUUUUUUCUAA